AUGUCAACUGUGUAUUGUAAGAUUGUGUUGAAAAUUGAUCAAGAGGAAGUUAAGGUAGAACAUGCGAGACAAAUCUAUGAGUUGAACCAGAUCAUAAAGGGUACAGAUGAUAUUAUAACAAGGAUGAGAAGAAGAACUUUGGACUUUGAGGAUGACGUAUUUGCUUCAGAGAAACAAUCUGAAAAGAAACUCCAAGAAUGUAAAACCAAAAUAAUGAAUUUGGAGGAGGACCUCAAAUCCACUAAAGAAGAACUUCUAGACAAGCAAGAAAAAAUUAAAGAAUCAUUAUUACCAUUAAAAAAAAGUGAAAAAUAA